GAUUAGACCCUAUAAAAUGGGUGGUUCCGGUCUUCCGUAGAGCACAAAGUUUUCAGGCAUCUGAAGUUUUGGACUUGCAACACACUCUGCUUUCAAGUUCUGAACUAGCAUUCUACUCUGUUCUAGCUGACUAGGUCACACAUGGCUAUCAAGGAUGAGCAGCAGCCACUGCACAUCCUCUUCUUCCCAUUCCUCGCGCCCGGUCAUCUCAUCCCGAUCGCCGAUAUGGCCGCUCUGUUCGCCGCUCGUGGCGUCAGGUGCACCAUCCUCACCACCCCUGUCAACGCCGCCGUGAUCCGCUCGGCCGUGGACCGUGCCAACGACUCGUUCCGUCGCAACAACGGCGGCCUGGCGAUCGAACUCACCGUCGUGCCAUUUCCGGACGUUGGGCUCCCGCCGGGCUUCGAGAGUGGCACGGCGCUUACGACCCAGGACGACCGUGACAAGUUCUUCCUUGGCAUUAGGCUGCUCCAUGAGCCCUUCGACCGGUACCUGUCGGAGCACCACGUCGACGCCGCCGUGGUGGACAGCUUCUUCAGGUGGGCCGCGGACGCCGCCGCCGAGCACGGCGUCCCGCGGCUGGGGUUCCUCGGCACCAGCGUGUUCGCGAGGGCCUGCACCAACAGCAUGCUGCGCAACAACCCGCUGGAGACCGCCCCCGACGACCCCGACGCCGUCGUGCCCCUGCCGGGCUUGCCUCACUGCGUCGAGCUGAGGCGGAGCCAAAUGAUGGACCCGAAGAAGCGGCCGGACCACUGGGAGAAGUUCCAGAGCUUAGACGCCGCCGACCAGAGGAGCUUCGGCGAGGUGUUCAACAGCUUCCACGAGCUGGAGCCGGACUACGUCGAGCACUACCGCACGACGCUCGGCCGCCGCGUGUGGCUCGUCGGGCCGGUCGCUCUUGCGAACAAGGACGUGGCGGUGCGAGGUACCAGCGAGCUCUCGCCGGACGCCGACGGCUACCUGCGGUGGCUCGACGCGAAGCCACGCGGCUCGGUGGUGUACGUCUCCUUCGGCACGCUAUCCAGCUUCUCGCCGGCGGAGAUGCGGGAGCUCGCCCGAGGACUCGACCUCUCCGGCAAGAACUUCGUGUGGGUUAUCAACGGCGCGGACGCCGACGCGUCGGAGUGGAUGCCCGAGGGCUUCGCCGAGCUGAUCGCGCCGCGCGGCGAACGCGGCCUCACCAUCCGGGGCUGGGCGCCGCAGAUGCUCAUCCUGAACCACCCGGCCGUCGGCGGGUUCGUGACGCACUGCGGGUGGAACUCGACGCUGGAGGCCGUGACCGCCGGCGUGCCGAUGGUGACGUGGCCACGGUACGCCGACCAGUUCUACAACGAGAAGCUCAUCACGGAGGUGCUCGAGGUGGGUGUCGGCGUCGGCUCCAUGGACUUCGCGUCGAAGCUGGAGAACCGCCGGGUGAUCAUCGGCGGCGAGGUGGUCGCGGGAGCCAUAGGGAGAGUGAUGGGCGACGGCGAGGAGGGCGAGGCGAUACGGAAAAAGGCGACGGAGCUGGGCGUGAAGGCGAGGGGCGCGCUGGAGAAGGGUGGGUCGUCGUACGAUGAUGUUGGAAUUCUGAUGGACGAGUUGAUGGCUCGCCGGGGCUCCGUCAAUGUGUGACAGCACUCCCUAACAAGGUGAUUGACGGCUUGACGCAUCAAGAAGAUGGUGAUCGGACAUUCGGACAUCUCCAGAGUCCAGACUAUUGUCUUUUUCCUCAGAGUUUUUUUUUUUUGGAGUAACUAUAUUUAUGGCGCCAUAUUUUUCAUCAAAAAAUAGUCGGUAUAUAUUUACAUUGUAAAUUUCUAAAUUACAUAUGUAAUUUUAGUGUAUUUACAAUAUAAGUCAUAAAAUUACAUAUGUAAGUCUCUAAAUUACAUAUGUAAGUAUAAUGUAAUUAUAAUGUAAGUGCAAUGUAAUUUCUAUAUUUUGCAUUGAAAAUUA